AUUAAAAAUCCUUUUUUCUUCUUCUUCUUUCCCUCUCUUCUCUCUAUUCUCUCUCUCUGGGGUUGCCUCUUUUUUCUUUUGUCCCUUAUCAACAAAUACACUCUUUUCUCUUACCCUCUUUUUUUGGUUCUCUGAUUCUCCAUUGAAGAAUCACCACAAGAAGCAGAAGAAGAAGACAGCAAGAUUCGGCAAACUCUCUGUUCAAUAUUUGUUUUUAUUUUAAUUUAGGAAAACCCUAACCCUAGUUUACUUUUUCUUUUUUAUGGUGGCGCGGGGUGUUUGGUGCAGUUUUGGGAUCUUUUAUUUGUCACGGCUGUUGUUUCCUUUUUUCUGGCCCUGAUUUUUUGUGUGGGGUUGUUUCGAUUUUAGUUUGGGUUUUUUGUUGUUUGGUUCGAUUUUGGUGGUUGUUGGGGUGUGGUGGAAUUUUUAGCUUGAUAUUUGUGUGUGUGAUGCAAUUGAGGAGAAAAAGAAUAGAUGCCGUCGGAGCCAUUACCUUGGGAUCGGAAGGAUUUCUUCAAGGAGAGGAGGCAGCACGAUCGUUCAGAACUGUUGAGGGGUGGGCCCCGCUGGAGGGAGCCUCCGCCGCGCCACCACUACGGUUCUUCUCGUUGGGUUCCCGCUGAUUUUCGCUCUACUAGAGGUGCCCCUCCUGGUCAUGGUAAGCAGGGUAGUUGGCACAUGUAUCCAGAAGAAUCCGGACAUGGUUUCAUGCCUUCUCGUUCCAAUGAAAAGAUUGUGGAAGAUGAGAGCUGUCGGCAGUCUCGUGGGGAUGGUGGUGGGAAGUAUGGCAGCAGGAGUAGUAGCAGGGAAAAUAGGUCUUUUGGUGGUCAGAGGGAUUGGAGAAGAGGUGGUGGUCUCUCUUGGGAAGCUGCUGCAUCCCCCAGUGGUCCUGUAAGACAGCAUGAUACUGCUACAAAUGAUCAGAGGCCAGCGGAUGUUGUGGUCCCACACAAUUCUGAGCAUGUCAACAAUACAUGGGAUCAGUCUCACUCUAGAGACCAGCACAAUAAGAGUGGUAGCGCUAAUGGAACAGCAAGCACGGGCCAAAGAUUUGAGAGGGGGAACUCGCUGGGGUCAAUUGAAUGGAGGCCACUGAAAUGGGCUCGGUCUGGAAGUUUAUCGUCCAGGGGAUCAUUAAGUCAUUCAGGCAGCUCGAAAAGCAUGGGAGUCGAUUCUAACGAGACAAAGCCGGAGUUGCAGCCUGGAAACUCAAAAGCUCUGCAAUCUCCUACAGGGGAUGCAACUGCAUGUGUAACUUCUGCUGCCCCUUCUGAAGAAACUUCUUCCCGGAAGAAGCCGCGCCUGGGUUGGGGUGAAGGACUGGCCAAGUAUGAGAAGAAGAAAGUCCCCGAGGAUAGUGCUGCUAAGGUGGGAGCUUGUAUCUCUGGUGAUAGUGUGGAACCUGGUCAUCCUCACCCCUUGAACACGGCAGAUAAAAGCCCAAGGGUUGCUGUUUCUCUGGAUUGUCCCUCUCCUACCACACCUUCGUCAGUUGCUUGUAGUUCUUCCCCAGGUCUUGAGGAUAAACAACCUGUCAAGGCAACAAACAUUGAUCAGGAUGUUGGUAAUUUAUGUGGCUCCCCCAGUAUCAUCUCCCAGUAUCACUCUGAGGAAUUUGCUUUUAACUUAGAGAAUUUUGAUCUUUCACAAAUCUCCAAUUUGAACUCUUCAAUCAAUGAAUUGUUACAAUCUGAGGACUCAAGUUCCGUGGACUCUGGUUUUAUGAGAUCAACGGCAGUGAACAAGUUGCUAAUUUGGAAGAACGAUAUUUCAAAGGUGCUAGAAAAAACUGAAGUUGAGAUUGAUUCACUUGAGAAUGAACUGAAGACAUUGAUAUCUGAACCUGAAUAUACCCAGCUUGUUCCAUCUGGGUCCUGUUCUCCACGAAAAGAGUGCAACUCAAACUCUCAUGAAGAUCAAGGCACUACUAAUAUAGCUUCUAGACCUGCUCCAUUGCAAGUUGUUAUACCGGAAGAUGUAAUUGGAGAGGAAGGGACUAAUAUACAGGAAAAGGAGCACGCUGAGGUGAAAGUUGAGGACAUUGAUAGUCCAGGCAGUGCAACUUCAAAGUUUGUUGAAUUACCCUCAGAGAAAGAUGUGGCACCUAUUGGUGCCAUGAAACAUGUUGGUGGAAUGUUGAUUUCAGAUGACAGUAAGUCUUUAAGUAAUAAUGUGAAAGUGUGCAGUUCCACUGAGGACAAAGCGAAGUCUAGAAGUUCAGAUGUGAAAGUGUGCAGUUUUAGUGAGGAUAUGGCAAGGGACACACUUGCCUGCGUGGAGAGCUUCCAGCUGACUACCCGUUGUUCUCGACCUGUUUCUGAUGGCAGUUUGAACUGCGGAAAAGAUGCUUUAUAUAAUUUGAUAUUAGCUGCCAACAAAGACACUGCAUACAGAGCAUUUGAUGUAUUCAAGAACCUACUGCCUGCUGGCAAAUGCAGUUUUGAUUUUUCAAGUGUGUCUUCUUUGCAAAUUGAUCAUGCGGUUAAGGAAAGAUUUGCUAGGAGGAAGCAGUUUAAACAGUUCAAAGAAAAGAUCAUUGCCCUCAAGUUUAGGGUACAUCAGCACCUUUGGAAGGAAGAUAUGCGCAUGCUUUCUGCGAGGAAGUUUCGUGCGAAGUCUCAGAAAAAGUUUGAUUUCAGCCUGCGCCCUGUGCAGAUAGGACAUCAGAAACACCGUUCUACAGUUCGUUCACGAUUUUCGACUACUGUUGGAAACUCAAGCCUGGUACCCUCGUUGGAAGUAUUGAACUUUGCAAGCAGGCUGCUCUCAGAUCUUAGGGCGAAGGUCUACAGGAACACGUUAAGGAUGCCUGCUUUAGUUUUAGAUCAGAAGGAGAGGGCGAUGUCAAGGUUUAUUUCAAAAAAUAGUCUGGUGGAAGAUCCCUGUGCUGUUGAGAAAGAAAGGUCUGUGAUCAAUCCAUGGACAUCAGAGGAGAGAGAAAUUUUUAUUGACAAACUUGCUACCUUUGGGAAAGACUUCAGGAAGAUCGCUUCUUUUCUUGAUCAUAAAACAACUGCUGAUUGCAUAGAGUUCUAUUACAAGAAUCACAAAUCAGAUUGUUUUGAGAGAACAAAGAGAAAACCAGAUUAUUCUAAACAAGCAAAAGUUUGUUCUGCAAAUACCUACCUUGUUGCUUCUUCUGGGAAAAGAUGGAACCGUGAGGCUAAUUCUGUUUCUCUUGAUAUCUUAGGUGCUGCAUCAGCAAUUGCAGCUAAUGUUGAGGAUAGUAUUGAGAUUCAGCAAAAGUGUACGUCAAAGUACUCAGUUCGAAUGGUCACUGAGCACAAGACGUCCAGACACAAUGAGCUGGAGAGGUCAAACAGUCUUGAUGUAUGUCAUAGUGAAAGAGAAAGAGUGGCUGCUGAUGUUUUGACUGGUAUCUGUGGUUCCUUAUCAUCAGAAGCUAUGAGUUCCUGCAUUACAAGUUCAAUUGAUCCUGCAGAAGGAAACCAGGAAUGGAAGCACCAGAAAGUGGGUUCAUCGACCAGAUUGCCCCUGACUCCAGAGGUUACCCAGAGUGUUGAUGAUGAAACCUGUUCAGAUGAGAGUUGUGGCGAGAUGGAUCCUACUGAUUGGACGGAUGAAGAGAAAUCAAUCUUCAUCCAGGCCGUGUCAGCUUAUGGCAAAGAUUUUGUUAUGGUAUCAAGAUGUGUUCGAACGAGAUCCCGGGAGCAGUGCAAGAUAUUCUUUAGCAAGGCCAGGAAGUGUCUCGGACUGGAUGAGAUUCUUCCUGGACCUGGCAAUUUGGUGAGGCAGGAUGUUAAUGGUGGAAAUGAUCCUGAUGCUUGUGUUAUGGAGACUGAGCUGUUCUGUAAUGAAAAAUCAAGUUUGAAGUUGAAAGAGCUAUCUGAUUUAUGUGUGAGUGCAGGGAUUUCAAAGCCUGAUAUGACCAGCUCUGAUGAUAAAGAUGGGGCUGGAGAACUGGAUUCAGUAGAUACUGAACUUGUGUCAAAGAAUUCAGUUCAGGUAAAUUGUCAUGUGGAUAAGCAAAGGGUGGAAUUUAACAGGCAUUGUGAGAUUCAGGGUGCUUGUACUGAAAAUGGUCUAGGGGAUGAAAAUAUGGUUACGGUUUCUCAGGAAGGUGGUGUUCAAAUUGAUGGAGAUGUCUCUGAGAAUGGUCCGGAUGACAUAUUGUGUGCCAAUAAAGUUUCUGGCGAGCAUUCAGGGGAAGAAAUAAAGGGAGUGGUGCCUGAACAUGAUUUGAAAAAUAGAAAGGCAGAUAGCGCUGAAGUAAGUAGGUCAAACUUCUCUUUGGAAGAUACCAAGUCCAAUAUGGUUUCGUCCGGGAGUAAUUCACAUCUUGCUGCUGUUAGGGGAGCUGAAUUGUGCCCUCUUAAUGGAUCUCAGAAUAUGACUCUUCUGGAAUCUGAUUCUGAGUGUAAGCCUGGUGUCAAUUACUCGGGAAGCAAUAUUUCAGUUCAGAGGAAAAAAAUGCCUCGAGCUUCUAAUGCCGUUUAUUUAUCAGAACUAGAACUUGAGAAUGUUGGUGAUCAGCAGCGUGAGAAUGCUACUCAGUCAGCUGAGCAGCCCUUGCCGAGUACCUCACAGAUAGCACAUAUUGAAUCCAGGCAGAUUCUUGGCAGCUAUUCAUUGGGGGAGUCAGCCACGAAGGAGAGUGGAGAUGGCUGCAGUACAUCAGCUGCAUUGCAAGAAAUCCAGAAAGUGGGUAAGAAUCUACGUUCAGAUACAACUGGUUUCUUUCUCCAGAGGUGCAAUGGUACUAACCGAGAACAGACAGUAGGAGGUAGCUCAUCAAAUGUUGAUAAACCUUGUAGGAAUGGUGAUGUGAAAUUGUUUGGACAGAUUCUCAGUAAACCGUGCCCUCAAGCGAAUACCAGUUCCAACGCGCAGCAGAGUGAUAGUAGCAAUCAGCAGUUGAAAGUUUGUAGCAAUAUGUCCAGUGCAAGUCACAGUUUAGAUGGGAAUUCAGCCACUGCCAAAUUCGAGCGCAAUAACUUCCUGGGCUCUGAGAAUCAUCAAGUAAGAAGUUUUGGUUUCUGGGAUGGAAAUAGAAUACAAACAGGGUUUUCUUCGUUGCCUGACUCUGCUAUCUUGCUGGCAAAAUAUCCUGCUGCAUUUGGUAAUUAUGCGAUAUCUUCCAGCAAAGUGGAACAACAGCCUCCUUUGCAUGGGGUUGUGAAGACAGCCACUGAUCGGAGUUUGAACGGUGUCCCUGUCUUUCCGACUAGAGAUGUAAGUAGCAACAAUGGAGUAGCAGCAGCAGAUUAUCAAGUGUACAGGAGUCUAGAUGUGCAGCCUUUUACUAUAGAAAUGAAACAGAGGCAAGAUGCGGUGUUCUCUGAGAUGCAAAGAAGAAAUGGGUUCGAUGUGGUGUCCAGUAUGCAGCAACAGGCAAGGGGUGUGGUUGUUGGUAGAGGAGGGAUUCUGGUGGGAGGGCAGUGCACCGGCGUCUCUGAUCCGGUGGCUGCAAUCAAAAUGCAUUAUGCCAAAGCGGAACAAUUUAGUGGGCAGGCGACAAGCAUUAUCAGAGAAGAUGAUUAUUGGUUAAGUAAGGGUGAUAUCAGCAGGUAGUUGAUCGCAAGGGAGGCCAGUGGAUGGUCUCCGUGGCAAUUCUCUUUUUGCCACAAUGUACAAUAGUUUUUGUAAUUUUAAUUCAGGAAACUUAUAGGCAGUAGACGGUAGUAGUUGCCGUCUUUUUUGUUACAGAAUUCUAGGUGUCUGUAAUAUUUGCCAGUAGCUUUGUAUUUGUUGUAUUUGAUGGAAAUACAGCAAUAAUUUAUCAGAAGCUUGGGAGGUGGAAGAAAUUCAGUAUCUUUUGCUUCUUC